UCCCCAAAAUCUCUACUAUUCAUAUCAUUCCGUUGCCUUCAUAACGCCGUCAAUCGAAAGAGAAAUAAGAAGCGAAUCCAAGACGCGGUCGUUAUAAAACGCAAUUUCCAUCGCGUUUUGAAUCGUCUCUACCUCCGAUGUGACACUCGCUUAACGAAACAGUAAACAAACCAAACCCAGACGUGAAACCAACCCAAAUCAAAAUUCACUUUCCUUGUGUCGCGGUGGUCCGAUGGCUUUAACGUCGGGAAAAUCCGAUUCCGAUGGCCGACGUCGAAGCUUAUUCAAACUACCCUUUCGAAACUCCAGUGAUCAUCAAGCUACCUCUUCCUCUUCAUCUUCGUCUUCUCAUCUCAGUGACAAUUAUAUACAUCAAUCUCGCCAUUUUCGCUAUCAGGGACCACGUCCUGUCGUCGAACGAUUGGGCCAAACCCAUCGUCAACAACCCGCCGCGACGAUCCCUUCGAUGUCAUCAGUCGCGAGAUCGAUUCUUCCUACUAAACGCCGAUUGAAACUCGACCCUUCCUCCAAACUUUACUUCCCUUAUGAGCCUGAGAAGCAAGUCAGGAGUGCCAUUAAGAUUAAGAAUACAAGCAAGUCACAUGUAGCUUUCAAGUUUCAAACAACGGAACCAAAGAGUUGCUUCAUGCGUCCUGCUGGGGCUAUCCUUCAUCCUGGUGCAGAAAUCGUCGCGACUGUUUUCAAGUUUGUUGAGCCUCCUGAGAAUAAUGAAAAGCCAAUGGAGCAAAAGAGUGGGGUUAAGUUUAAAAUCAUGAGCUUGAAGAUGAAAGUCCCCACGGACUAUAUGCCUGAGCUGUUUGAGGAGCAAAAAGAUCAUGUCUCUGAGGAGCAAGUAAUGCGUGUGGUCUUCUUGGAUCCUGAAAACCCUAACCCUUGCCGCUUUGGUAUGUUUGGUGGAGAUGGUGUUUCUUGGCACAAAAAGUUACUUGAUGAAAGCUAUCUUGGACAAGAUAUAUGCGCUGGCUCAUCUGGCCAUUGACACGAUUUCGUGAGACAGAAGUUAUGCCGAUCAUUUGGCACCAAACUCUCGUCGCCUUUGUGCAAGGGUACAAGCACGAACUAAGAAAAGGCAGAUAAAAAGAGUCUCACGAGUAGUCAGGAAGCAAAAUCACGAGAGCUAAUUAGUCUUGAAAUUAUGAGAGAGCUUGUGAGUAGCAGAAACUGUGGAGAGCUGGGAGGAUAAUUCACAGUCAGCUUCUACGAUCAACAAAUAAAUCGAUCAAAGAAUUGGUUUGGCAUGCCAAUGGAAGAAGACUAGUGAAGUAGUGAUCAUCUAUAAACAUCCAAUCUUGAGUGAACCUCUUCUUGUUUUGUAUUAAAUUCCAAUUUAUGCAAAGAUAUUAUAAUUAAUCUAUGUUUCGACGGAAAAGAAAGAAGCAAAUCCAAGAUGCUAAAAUUAGCAAUGAAGUUUUGUCAAUGUGGAAGCAAAAAAGAGCAGUAAAUAACAUAUUUGUAGUCAGGAAAGCAAAAACCGCAAUGGAAAAUAUAUUUUUUUAAAGACAUAGCGCAAACUCUCAGUACGACCAAUGAACGAAGAAAAUCUCCUCGCAUCUUUGUAGUGAUUAUUUUAUUACAAAUGUAACGCCGAAAUGAAAAACAA